GUUUAAAGGAAGUGGGACAGAGCUAAAAUGUGAGUCAAAGGUAGACACAUCCCUGAAAAUCGUUACAGGUGAGAGGAAACAAACCGUCUUAAAUCUGAGAGGAUCUUUCCCUGCAUGCAUAACCACCUUAGAUAAAAAUCAGCCUGCUUGGUAACAAAAGAAAGUAUGCACAUUCCAAAAUGCAAGCAGAUCUGACUCAGUGAAGCUGACUCUCUUGCAUAACGUUCCAGUGUUUGGAAGCCUUACUCGCUUUGCAACUCAGAGUGACUAAGCACUGAGGUCGGUCCCACCCCUAACGACGAUACAGCUAAGGCUGGGCUUGGGGAUGCGACAUGUUCCGCCUCACCUUGGGCAAAGCUUAUUCUCUGCUGCGUUCCGGGAGUUCCGUAUCAUUUAGCCUCUGCCCUGGUUCCAGUAACGGUGCUAUAAAACUAACAGUUUGGUCUCAAGCAUCCUGCAGCACUAUGGCACCUAAACCCUACGACUACUUAGUGAUCGGCGGUGGAUCAGGAGGAUUGGCCAGCGCCCGAAGAGCAUCCGAACUUGGAGCACGGGUCCUCCUUAUUGAAGAAGGAAAGCUAGGCGGUACUUGUGUGAAUGUCGGAUGUGUACCUAAAAAGGUGAUGUGGAAUACAGCUGUCCAUGCUGAAUAUGUUCAUGACCAUGUUGAUUAUGGCUUUAGUUGCCCUGAUGUGAAAUUUACUUGGCGCACAAUUAAAGAGAAGCGGGAUGAUUAUGUAAAACGUCUGAAUGAUAUCUAUCAACGUAAUUUGGAUAAGGCACAUAUAGAAGCUGUUCAUGGUCAUGCUGUAUUUACAUCUGAUCCUGAGCCUACUGUAGAAGUCAGUGGUAUAAAGUACACAGCACCUCACAUUCUAAUUGCUACAGGAGGACACCCAUCUCUACCUAGUGACGCUGUAAUUCCCGGAGCAAGUCUUGGCAUCACCAGUGAUGGGUUUUUUGAGCUUGAGGAGUUACCAAGACGUUCUGUCAUUAUUGGUGCUGGUUAUAUUGCUGUGGAGAUAGCAGGAAUCCUUUCUACACUGGGAUCCAAAACAUCUCUUCUCAUUCGACAUGACAAGGUGCUGAGAAAUUUUGACUCGCUCAUAAGUUCAAACUGCACAGAAGAACUUCAAAAUGCUAAUAUUGAUGUUCGGAAGUAUACACAGGUUAAAUCUGUCACAAAGGCUGCUGAUGGUUUAGAAGUAACUGUGGUGACUGCUGUGCCAGGUCAACAAACUGAGAUCAGCACAAUCAAGCAGGUUGACUGCCUUCUGUGGGCUAUUGGUCGGGACCCAAACACGAAGGGGCUUAAUCUAGAGAAACUGGGAGUGAAUCUAGAUAAGAAGGGCCAUAUUGUGGUAGAUGAGUUUCAGAACACAAAUAAGAAGGGUACCUAUGCUAUUGGAGAUGUAUGCGGAGUAGCUCUUUUAACACCAGUCGCAAUAGCUGCUGGAAGAAAACUUGCUCACAGAUUAUUUGAAGGAAAAGAAGAUUCCAAACUGGAUUAUAGCAACAUUCCAACAGUGGUAUUCAGUCAUCCUCCUAUAGGAACAGUGGGAAUAACUGAAGAACAAGCCACAGCUAAAUAUGGUAAAGAAAAUGUGAAGAUCUACCUAACUUCUUUCACUCCAAUGUAUCAUGCUGUUACAAAGAGGAAAACAAAAUGUGUCAUGAAACUAGUGUGCAGUGGAAAAGAAGAGAAGGUGGUGGGAUUGCACAUGCAAGGAAUAGGGUGCGAUGAAAUGCUUCAAGGGUUUGCUGUUGCAGUCAAAAUGGGAGCAACUAAAGCAGAUUUUGACAAUACUGUUGCCAUUCACCCUACUUCGGCAGAAGAGCUGGUUACUCUGCGUUAGGCCAGUGGUAUUUCUGCACCCUAUCAGAAAGUGGAGCAAACAGAACACAGAAGAUGCAGCUUCAGCUGAAAUAACCUUCAAAGAGAGCUUUAUUAUCACAUCUGUGAAUCACCAAGCCUUGUAAAUGACUGUAGUUAAGGCCUGGCAAACUGGAAGUUCUCAAAAAAAGUUUUUAAUGCAACUUCACUUUUCAUGAAAUUCAAGUGCAAUGGAAUUCACCCAACAAGCACAUAUAAAAAUCUUUGGUAAACUAUCCAGAACAGCUAUAGACAUAAUUAUGUAUAAUGGUUAGAAUUUUAAUUUUUUCUGAUAAAAGAGUACAAUCACAAUGAAUUCCAUAAUUCAGCAUUGAGAGUUCCUGACAUGUAUAUAUGGAAACAAAAUCAAAUAUGGUUACACAAGAACUGCUUUUUUUAAAAAAAUUAAUUUGUCCUGUAAGGUUUGGGAAAGUUUUCUUUGGCAUUCCAUUCAGUUGUUCUUGUGACUCAAAUCAAUUUAGCCUUAAAUAAGUGAUGAAAAUAUGCUUUAGAGAAGCAUCUUGCAUAGGCAUUAUAAAUGCUUAUUGAAUAGAUGGAAUUAAGAUAGUAUUUUAAGUGUUAUAUUUAACAGAACUGUACAUCUGAAAGAUGGUAAGGGUUAAAAAUGGUUUCUCACUGGCAGACUACCAGGUACUUCAAUGUACGCGCGCACACGCACACGUAUAUAUCAUAAUAAUAGUAAAACAUUUCCUAGCUGUAAAUCUGCUAAUGGGUAUGACUGAAAGGGGGUCUGAGUAAAAUUUGGAGCAGCUGUAAUGCCUCGUAGUUAAUUAGUCGUGAGUAAGCUGCUUUAUGCAACUCUGCAAUUAAAUAGCUAAUAAAUAAAUGCAUUUUUUCUUUACUUUCUACAGGCAAGGCAAGUCUGUUUGCUACUCAAUGAUCAUAGAUCACUGUAGAAAAAAAAGUGCCUGUGCCCAGUGAACCUUUUGCAGUUAAAAAAAAUUGCAGCUGCAUGGACGUUAUAGAGGUAAUGUGUAGCUCAGAGUUGUUCCAAGUUGUAUUGCACUGCAGUCACUUCAAAAAAAAUGGCCAAUGGUCACCAGUGGUAUUUUAUAAGAGAGAAAUAUUUUUUUAGAAGUAUUUUGUUCUUCAUAAAAAUGUUUGUAGAUCUCUUUUCCGAUAGGAAAGAAAUCCUGUGUUUAUUUUCAGUUUAUAGCUCCUCAGAUCUCUGAAAAAAGUUAUUUCAGUUAGUGGUUGCUAAAACAUUUGCUCAGAGCUUUAGGCUCUAAUUUUUAUAUUUUCAUAUGAUUUUUCUGGUUUUCAUAUUCUCGAAAGAUGCAAGACCACAUAUUCUGUAUGUAUAUAUAUUGGUCUAAUGACUGUCUCAUUAUAAUGAAUAUUUAAGAAAAGUACUUUUUCAUGUCAUGGUGUACAAUUAAAACUCUGUCUAAAACAA